AUGCCACAGGUACCUCCGCAGCCCCGCCCUCCUCAAUUCGGCGCACAUCACCAGCAGUAUGUUCCAAAUGGCUCCGUGCCUGGGAUGCCUCCUCAGCCUGUCCAACUUCCACCUCAGAAGGUGAUCGAGAAGGCAGGAGCGCGGAUUUUGUGCAUUGCCGAUGUUAGAGGUAUGAAUCCCAUCCUCCUCUCUCUUGUAUGGAUUCUGGCGAUCUCGGAUUGCUCGGCUUUAAAACGUCUGGUGAAUUGGCACUAAAUUCCUGUCUACUCUUUUUGUAGGAAACCUUAGAUCUUUAAAUGAAUUGGCCAAGAAGGCAAACGCAGAUCACAUCCUUCACACCGGUGAUUUUGGCUUUUACGACGAUAGCUCGCUGGAGAGAAUUGCCGACAAGUUAGACUUACCCCGAUCCAUAAUGAAUAUUGGCUGACCUCUUCAAAGGACCCUACGACAUGUCGCACAAUACUCCCCCCUGCUCGAAGAGGGCCUCAAAAAGCGUAUCCAGGGUCCUGGUCCCAGUAGCCAUUCUAUAAAGCAGCUCUUUGCUCAAGUCGAACACCCGUUGUCUGAGCUUCCCCUGUUUCUCAAUAAGAAGUACACCCUGGACGUACCUGUAUACACGGUGUGGGGAGCGUGCGAAGAUGUCCGUGUUCUUGAGAAGUUCCGCUCAGGCGAAUACAAGAUCAACAAUCUUCACAUCAUCGAUGAGGCGAAUUCACGGCUGUUGGAUGUCGGUGGUGUUAAGCUCAGGUUGCUGGGUCUGGGAGGAGCUGUGGUCAUGCAUAAGUUGUUUGAUAAUGGCGAAGGAAGGACCACAAUCCCUGGGGGACAAGGGACCAUGUGGACUACGCUUUUGCAAAUGGGCGAGCUCGUUGACACGGCAAACCGAGUGUAUGACCCUGCUGAAACUCGAAUUUUUGUUACCCACGCUUCCCCAGCGAGGGAAGGGUUGUUAAAUCAAUUGUCGGUGACUCUGAAGGCGGAUUUCUCGAUAUCCGCGGGAUUACAUUUCCGAUAUGGCAGCUCAUACAACGAGUUCAGUGUAAACCCAACUCUGGAUCAUUACCGGGGCAAGCUAGCAUCGUCGAAAGCGUCUUUCAAUGAUGUUUGGGAGACUGUCAAGGGCGAGGUCCUGCCCGCCGUUCAGCAAAACGAAGCUCAGCAUGCACUCUUGAAUAAUGCCCUGGAUAUCGUGGAGAAGAUGCCCACAAGUGCCAACGGCGGCAACCCAUUUGGCGGUCCGGCAUCAAACACCGCUCCUGGGGCUGGACAGGUCGAUGAAUCUGCAUUCAAGAAUAUGUGGAAUUUCAACUUGGCAGACGCUGCAUUUGGCUGGCUUGUUCUAGAAGUUGAGGGCGGCCGCAUCGGGACCGAGAUGAGAGCGCAAGGGUUCAAUUUUGCCCAUAGGGGUGGAAAAGGAGCUCCUGUAGCUCAGCAGCAGCAACAGCAACAGCAACAACAGCAGCCACAGCAACAGCAACAAUCAUCGGUUGCGCCUGCUACAUCAACCACUGCGCCGGCGCCUACUUCGAAUGCUGGAACUGUUAAUGUGAAUGUGCCAUCUGGACCCUCCGGGGCUAGUAACACUACUCCACAAAAUGGCCCGGCAGUUCCCUUCCCCCCGUCAGGACCAAGGAAUCAACAGCAGCCAAAGCCCACCCCCCCUCAACCGAAGCCUACCACAACACCAACCGGGCCGAAGCAGCCUACCCCGCCUCCUGCUCAGGUCGAACCACCAGUCGCCCCGAAGCCGGCGACACCUCGUCCAGUACCAAGUGGUCCUGCGAAUAGAGCUGCUACCCCAGUCGCUACGCCUUUGCCAACACCAGCGGCGGAGAAACCAUCCACUAGUAACGGUACACGUACCGAAUCCCCAGCUCCUCCCGCCGUGCCCAAGAUUGAUACUCCCACGACGGCUCCUGCCACGGCUCCCGCCACGGCUCCAACCGGACCCCAACAUCAAGAGGCUAGCUCCCCACAGGACCGCCCAAAACAAUUCGGAUUUUACAUAACUGGUGUCAAUACCGCCGACGCGGUCCGUGCUCUAUUCUCUUCGGAGGUCCAGAGCAAGAUUCAGCGUAUAGAUUUAAAACACCCCAAAAUUAGACCUGAGUCCAUUUACUUCCUUGCGUACUUUGAGAGCGCCGAAGUUGCCAAAGAAACGCUGGAACAGCUACCAGAAGAGUUGAAAAUAAGGCGUUCCCAGAACGAGAACAAACCCUGGGUCAAAUUGAUGGACGAUUACUCCUUCAGCAACCCAAGACCCGGCAUGUCCGACAGCAAGUGGGGUCGCGGAACCGGUACCGGUGGCAACACCAGCGAGAGUGAUAACAACAUGGGUGGCGGAUACAGGCGUGGUGGCUACCGCCGUGGUGGAAGAGGCGCCUACGGAUCAGAUCGCGGUGGUGGGCAGAGAGGUAGAGGCGGCGGUCCCAAGCGUGGUAGGACCUUUGAUGGUGGAGAUGGAGGGUCGCAACAUCAAUCUACAGACUAG